CCUUAUAAUGCCUGCCACCACCACGGUUCUCUCUUCACCUCUGCAACCCUCUUUCGUUUUGCUCACUUCCUUUUUCUUUUUCUGUUGUACGACCAGGAUCGUUCAUCAUGUCGAAUGAUCAAAACAAACCCAUGACUCAGAAGCUGUACGAGUCAGUUCCAUCAUCUCGGCCGACGGCCAAGUUUUUAACAGCAACCACACUGAGUGCAACGUUGCUUUUCUUGUCAGGAUUAACCUUGACGUGGACUGUGAUUGCCCUGAUUAUGGCGACGCCAGUUAUGGUGUUGUUUAGUCCAGUACUAGUUCCCUCUGCCAUAGUCAUCUUCUUGGUGAUUACUGGGUUCUUGUUUUCUGGCGGGUGUGGCGUGGCAGCCAUCACCGCGUUAUCGUGGAUAUAUAAUUACGUGCAAGGGAAGCACCCACUAGGUGCGGAUAAGCUUGAUUAUGCAAGGGAUAUGCUUGCAAGUAUGACGAGGGGUGUGACGGAGAAGGCUAAGGAGUAUGGCCAGUAUGUGAAGUAUAAGGCUCGGGAAGUUGCACAAGGGGAACGAUCUUGAAGUUGAACCAUAGUAAUAAUUAUUAGUUUAAGCCUUAAGGCACGGUUGUUGUCUUUGUUUGAUCAAAUUUGCAUGCAUGCAUGCGUCGUAAACCAUCUGUUUUCUAAACUUCGUGGUGUUAGCAGGGUUCCAUUGUAGCUCAGAAUCUCGUUUCUCUGUUAAUGAGUUUCUCAUUGUGUUAAAGCAAUAGAGUUUGAGUUUCGAAGUUCAGUUA